AGCUUCCAAGGGUAGGAUCGGCCUCUUGGAGGCCCAGGCGGCGAUGCCUCGGUCUGCAGCGCAGGAACAGAGCGCCAUGCAGUUGAGGUAUCUCAAAAACCUCAACCCGGCCAUCGAUGGUAUGUCCAAGGUGACAUCCAUUUCUUGGAGUAACAACACCACGAGGCUAGCCACCGUCGGAGCGGACAAAAUUGUGCAGCUCUUUGACGAGCACGGCGAGAAGCAGGACCGCUUCAGCACGAAGCCGGCGGACAAGGCCGCUGCUCGCACCUACGCCGUGAAGACCAUCGAGUUUUCGCCCGACGGCACCAAGCUGGCGGUCGCGCAGAGUGACAACAUCGUGUUUGUCUACAAGCUCGGAAGUGACUGGAAGGACAAGAAGUCCAUUUGCAACAAGUUUCAGCAGACCUCCAGCGUGACCUGCCUCAGCUGGCCGGCGGGCCAUCCCAACGAGGUCGUUUUCGGCCUUGCCGAAGGCAAGGUCAAGGUGGGCCAGUUGAAGUCCAACAAGGCGGCGACCUUGUACUCCACGGACUCAUUCGUGGUGUCCAUGUGCUCGGGACCGGAUGGGAACUCCAUCCUCAGUGGGCACGCGGACGGUUCAAUUUAUCGAUUUCAUUUUGAGACUGAGACUGUCCCUCGUCCCACGACCACCAAGUUUGCCAUGGUGCCACAGUGCGUGCCCUACGCGCUGUCCUGGGGCUACGCCGGCAUCUGCGCCGCGGGGAACGACCGCAUGGUGCGCUUCUGGGACUCAGAGGGAAGAGAGGGGCAGACCUUUGACUACAGCACUGACACCAGGAUCAAGGAGUUCACCUGCGCAGCCUUCAACCCCUCGGGGGAGUCGGUGGUCCUGGGGAACUACAACCGCUUCCUCGUGUUCGCUUGGCACCCCAAGCGGAGCGAGUGGGCGGAAGUGGUGCAGCGCGAGGUGCCUAACCUCUACACGGUGUCCGCACUCACAUGGCGCGCAGACGGCAGCCGCCUCAUUGUCGGCUCCCUGUGCGGGGGUGUGGACAUGUUCGAUGUCUGCAUCCGCCGGUCGCGCUACCGCGGGACGCACGAGUUCACCUACGUCUCGCUGAGCCAGGUCAUCGUCAAGUCCCUGGCUACGGGGGCACGCAUUGUGCUUAAGAGCAACGUGGGCUUCGAGAUCCAGAAGAUCAACAUUUUCCAGGAGCGCUUCCUGGUGGCCCACACGCCGGAGAGCAUCUUGCUGGGGGACCUCCAGACCUGUCGGCUCUCGGAGAUCCCUUGGCACUCCAGUGGCACGGAGAAGUUCUUCUUCGACAACCCCACGGUGUGCAUGAUUUUCAAGGCUGGGGAGCUGUCGGUGGUGGAGUAUGGCUGCAAUGAGCUGCUGGCCUGCGCAAGAACUGAAUUCAUGUCUCCGCAUCUCAUCAGCGUGCGCAUCAACACGCCGGACGAGGACGCCUACGGUGCAGGCGUGGGCGAGAUGAAGGUCAUUGCCUACCUGCUGGACCUCAUGACGAUCCGGGUCUGCGAUCUGGUGUCUAACGCGACGCUGGCCACCAUUUCGCACGACACCCGCAUUGAUUGGCUCGAGCUGAACCCCAACGGCGCGAACCGCCUGAUCUUCCGAGACAAGCGGCGUCAGCUUUACCUCUAUGACAUCGAGCAGCAGAACAGGGUGACUCUCCUCAACUACUGCAACUACGUGCAGUGGGUGCCGGAGAGUGACGUGGUUGUUGCUCAGAAUCGAGGUCAGCUGUGCGUGUGGUACUCCAUCAACGCCCCGGACCGUGUGACUUUGCAUGAGAUCAAGGGAGACAUUGAGGACAUCGAGCGCUCCAAUGGCCGCACCUGCGUCAUCGUGGAUGAGGGCGUGAACAUGGUGGAGUACGAGCUGGACGAGGGGCUUAUUUCCUUCGGCUCUUGCCUGGAGCGAGGGCAGUAUGCCAAGGCGGUGGACCUUCUGGAGGAGCUGCCGCUCACGCCGGAGACGGAGGCCAUGUGGCGGUCCCUGGCAGAUGCCUCCAUGGAGCACUUCAACCUGCCGGUGGCGGAGCGGUGCUAUGCGGUGCUAGGCGACGUUGCCAAGAGCCGGUACCUCCACAAGGUGAACAGGUUGAUCCAGGACCAUGCGGCGGAGGUGGGCGGCGAUGGGGCCAAUUAUUACAUGGCCCAGGCCAAGAUGGCGAUGCUGGCGAAGCAAUUCCAGCGUGCUGAGGCCAUCCUGCUGGACCACAACGAGCUUGAUGAGGCCCUGGCCAUGUACCAGGAGCUCCAUAAGUACGACGAGUCCAUCCGCCUGGCCGAGCGCAAGAACCACCCGAAGGUGAUGCACCUCAAAAACUUCUACCUCCAGUGGCUGCUGUCCACUCAGCAGGAGGAGAAGGCUGGCGAACUGCAAGAGAUCGAGGGCGACUAUGUCAGGGCCAUCGAGCUCUAUCUCCGGGGCGGCAUGGCCGCCAAGGCCGCAGCGGUGGUGCAGCGUCACAACGCCAACUACUCGCAGGAACUCUUGCAGAAGAUCGUGGCAGGACUGCAGGCCAGUGGCAUGCAUGACCGCGCCGGCGCGUUGUACGAGCGCAUGGGCCUCAUCCAGCCGGCCAUGGACGCGUACCGCCGUGGCCACGCCUACCGCCAGGCCAUAGAGCUGGCGAAGCACUCCCAGCCCGGGCUGGUGGUUGCCCUGGAGGAGGAGUGGGGCGACUGGCUCGUGUCGCAGCGGCAGGUGGAUGCUGCCAUCAACCACUACAUCGAGGCAGGCAACGCCAUGAAGGCCAUCGAUGCUGCAAUGACUGCCCGGCAAUGGCACAAGGCCGAGACUUUGCUGGACCAGGCAUCUAUGGGUGCGGACCAGAGCUUUGCCCUGCCCUUCUACGAGAAGCUGGCUAGCCAUUACGGGCAGUCACGCCAGUUUGAACAGGCGGAGCGGGCCUUCAUCAAGUCCGGGCGGCCGCAGCGGGCGGUCCAGAUGUACGUGGAGCAUGCGCAGUACGAGAAGGCCCACCGCGUGGCUAAGGGGCAGCUCUCCCCGGCAGAGAGGACGGAGCUCUACAUCCACCUUGCCCAGGUGCUGGAACAACAGGUGAAGCUCAGCGAGGCUGAGCAGAUGUACCUCGCGGUGAAUGAGUUCGAUCUAGCCAUCAAUAUGUACAAGAAGAGGGAGGAGUAUGAGCAGAUGCUGCGAUUAGUAUCCAAGUACCGCAAGGAGCUCUUGAAUGAUACCUACAAGCACAUUGCGGAGCAGUACGAGAUGAAAGGCAACCUCAAGAAGGCCGAACAUUACUACGUGGAGGCCAAGAUGUGGACCAGCGCCAUGUCCAUGUACCGGCAGCUUGAGAAGUGGGAGGAUGCCAAACGCGUCGCCAAGAUGCACGGUGGCAAGCAGUCCUUCGAGAAGGUGGUGCUUGCGCAAGCACAUGCGACUUUCAAGGAGCAUGGUGCCGAGGCGGGCGCACAGCUGCUGGCCAAGCAUGGCCUCAUCGAGAUUGCCAUUGACUACGCCGUGGAGCAUAGCAACUUCCAGCACGCGUUUGAGCUUGCGAACCACUCCGCCAAGCACAAGCUGCCGGACAUCCACUUAAAGAAGGCGCUUGCCCUUGAGGAUGACGAGCAGUUCAAGCUGGCGGAGGAGGAGUUCAUCAAGGCCAGCAAGCCCAAGGAGGCCAUCGACAUGUACGUCCACCAGCGCGACUGGGUCUCUGCGAUGCGCGUGGCCGAGGCCUAUGAGAGGGAGAGCUGCAAGGACGUUAUGGUACACCACGCCAAGGACUUGGUGGACCAGAACAACAUGCAGGGAGCGGAGAACCUCUUCAUCCAGGCCGGCAAGCCGGAGCUUGCGGUGAAGGCCUACUCCUCCAAGCGAAUGGUCAAUGAGGCCGUGCGGGUUUGCAAGAAGCACUGUCCGCACAUGCUGGGCGAUGUCGUAGACUGCUACCCUGGGACCGACCAGCCAGGAGGGGCGCCGCAGACCUUGGAGGAGAUCUUGGAUGCGGCUAAGAUAUAUGAGGACACCGGCAACUACUCCCGGGCCAUCGACACCUACCUGUCGGUGGACGAGAGCAGCUCUGCGGAGCCGGACCGGCUGGAGGAGGUCUGGGAGAACGCGGUGAGGCUGUCCAUGAAGCACGCGCAGGAACGGUACAACGAGAUCGUCACCGUUGUGGCCAAGCGGCUGAAGCUGAUCCGGCGAUAUGAGGCAGCCGCGGAGCUGUACGAGAGCAUCGACGCGGCACGAGAGGCGGUGAACUGCUACAUCGAAGGGGAGGUCUGGGACAAGGCGCGAAUGCUGGCACAACAGCUGGCGCCUGAUAUGGUGCGGCUGGUGGAGGAGAGGUACAAGUCUGAGCUCGUGAACAAGGGAGAUGGAGAUGAGCUCAUCCGCCGCACUGGGGACGUCGACAGUGCGCUAGACAUGUACGCGCGGAACGGCGAUUGGAGCAAGUGCCUUUCCUUGGCAGAGAAGCACAGUCCAAAGACGCUACCGCAUUAUUUGGUGCAGUACUGCAAGCUUCUGGCCAACAAGAGCGAGAACCUGCAGGCCUGCCAGAUGUUGGUCCGCUACGGGCCGCCACCGGAGCCCUCGAACUUUCAGCUCUACAAGGUGAUCCAUGGCGAUCUCCUGUCUGGGACCAACAGCGAAGGGCCCCCGCUGGUCCGGGAGAUGCUGCUGCGGGUGAUGACUCCUGCAGGGACCCUGGGAGCUCCGCCGACGCCCAGCGUGCUGGCGGAGGACCGCCGGCCCCAGGCGGAGUUUUUGAAGGCAUUGAUGGCCGCCCACUUGCAGACGGUGAGACAAAGGCUGCAGGCGCAGAACAUGGCCCCGGACGUGGUGGCGAGGAUCAGCGUGGCGCUGUGCCGCUACUGCGCAGAGUUCCCAGUAGACCUUGCCUUCUACAAUGCGGGCCUGGACUGCAAACAAGCAGGCAUGAUCAACAUGUCCUUCUUUUUCUUGAACCGCUUCCUGGACAUUGCGGACGCCAUCGAAGACCCUGAGAAUGCUGCCAUCGACAACACGGACUUCAUGGACACCGACAUCCCCUCGCCCUACGAUUUGGACCUGCCAGAGACCGGGCACAUCUCCAACGACAAGGUGGAGGAGAUCCGGGACUGGGUGCUGGGAUGGUCCAUGGACCAGAGCGUUCAGCAGAGGAUGGACAUGAGACAAUGCGACAAGUGCGCGUCGCAGAUUUACACUGGCACGCUCACCUGCCAGCGAUGUGCCACGGUCAGCGACCCAUGCGCAGUUACAGGCUUCCCGGUGAUAAAGAAGAACCGCGUGGAGUGCACGGUGUGCAAAGUCGCGGCCAAUCGCGACGACUGGAACGUGUUCGUGCAGCAGUUCAAGGAGUGCCCGUGGUGCUCAUCGCCGCAGAAUGCAAAGUACUGAGCUGGCUGAAGAGGCCACCCCAGAGCCAAAGGCUGGCUGCUGUCUUCAAGAAAAGCCGCACCUUGCGC